GACAGAAGAAGAAGAACAAAAUUAAAAUUACAACAUGAUUAAAUUUUCAAACUUUAUAAAAUCAACACGUAACUUCAAUUUAUAUUUAAGCAGUUCUAAGUUAUCAUCAAAUCCGGAACAAUCUUUAUCCUCAAAACUCGAAGAAAAAUCAAAAGAACUUCAGAAACCAAAGUAUUCUCCCAAAGAUGUUAGACCCGCCGAUAUGAAAUGGAGAACGCCUUGGCAUCAAAAAGAGGGACAGUAUUAUAGUUUUUUGAGAAAUUUUUACAAAGAAGAGACCAAUACCAGCCUUCUUCAAAAAAUUCAAGCUCCUAUAGACUUAUCUCCAGCUGCAAUAAAGAAAUGGUGGGCUAAGAAAAAAGAACAUGAAUCAAAAGUUCUACAGUCUUAUAUACCUGAAAGACAUCAGAUAUUAGGCAAUGAACUAGCUGCUGCACAUUUCAUAGUUCAUAGAGGUGGAUCAGUAAAAUUUUUCAAUGAAGACAAGUGGAUAAAAGCAGAUGACGACAACAAUUAUUCACUUCCUAGACAUUAUGAAGAAGAAAAAAUUCUUCAAGCCAUUGACUGCACAGACAUGGACUUAUAUUACGAAGGUUUAGUUAAUAUAAGAGAUUUAGCAAAAGUGGAAUGGUUAAGCUUUAAUGGUUGCCCCCAUAUAGAUGAUUGGUGUUUAGACAGAAUAAGUAACAUCUUCAGUCAUAGUUUAAUAUAUUUAGAUUUACGAAAUUGUCCAAACAUUACAGCUAAGGGAUUAUCGGCAUUAUACAAAUUAGAACACUUAAAAAUAUUAUAUUUAGAUGAUUUUCUUAGAUCAACUCAGUAUGAGUUGGCAUGUUUAUUGUUACAAGAAGUUAAUCCAGAUUUAGAUGUAAGAAGUGAUCAAAUUACAUUUGAUAUUUCGAAAUAGAUAACUAAUUUAUUGU